AUGGAAAAGCUCCAGCACCAUGAUGUCGACGCGGUCCGACCGGACAUUGAGGCCGCCAGGCUACGUCCCGUCGCAGCGGACAGUCGGCUCGCCAAUCCGAAUCCGUUAGGCUUCGGGGCAUUUGCGACGACCUUGAUGACACUUUCACUUUCAAAUAUGGGCUUUCGCGGGGUUGAUAAUCAGACGGUGUUCAUCGCCGAUCUCUGCCUUUUGGCUGGCUUUGGCUUGUUGAUUUCGGCGCAGUGGGAGAUGGUUAGGGGGAGUACGUUUGGAUAUACAGUGCUUGCUGCUUUUGGACUGUACUACGCUGGAUAUGGUGUGCUCUUGAUGCCCUCUAUGGGGAUCGUCGGGGCUUACGGCGGCAAGUCACCCGAAUUCUACAACGCCUUUGGGUUCUAUCUUCUUGUCUGGUCCAUCCUAAACUUCUUUUUCUUCCUCGCCUCCCUAGCAACAAACAUCCCAAAUAUAAUAAUCUACGGCGCUCUCGAACUGUCAUAUAUAUUCAAUUGCGCCUCGCAUUUCGCCCUCGCUGACGGAAAUGCACACAUAGGGACAAGCCUCACCAAAGCAUCCGGGGCAUUCGGCUUCGUCUCAGCGCUGGCUGGGUAUUACAUGCUGUGUCAUGGCCUUUGCCAAGGUUCACUGCCAUUUACGAUGCCAUUAUGCGAGACUGAGAGGUUUUUCCGCGGGCGGAGACCUGUCGGGAAGGAGAUGUAG